UUGUGUGAUAAAGCAAAUCAAGAGUGUAAAGUGGAAAAAUACUUUUCACGGAAAAGAAAUUUUCUCAAGAUUUUUUUGUUAUCAUAAUGGAAACAAUUAUAUCCAAAAAGCGUUCCUCUCCGGAGUAUAUCUUUCAUUCUGGACAAAUUAAGCAAGAAUUUCCUCCAGACGGAUACGAUAUAUAUGAUGAAGAUGAUGCAUUACGCGGCCGAAAGCGCAGUGUCUCAAAAGGUAGCAGCGACGGAUUCCAGAGUAUGUCUUCACCGGAAAGUACAGACGACAGCCUGCCAAAUAAAAAAGCAAAAAAGAAAUCAUUGUCUUUUGAAGAAAUUCAGACCCAACGUGUUCUUGCUAAUGUCAGAGAAAGGCAAAGAACACAGUCCUUAAACGAGGCUUUUGCGCAGCUAAGACAAAUCAUCCCUACACUUCCAUCUGAUAAGUUGAGCAAAAUCCAGACUCUUAAACUAGCUACACGAUACAUAGAUUUUCUAUAUAACGUCCUUCGUAACGAGGAGCUUGUUGAGCCGUUUGGGACUGCGGGGAAGCUGGCUAGCUGUAACUAUGUGGCCAAUGAAAGGCUGAGUUAUGCGUUCUCUGUGUGGAGGAUGGAGGGAAACUGGGCAGUCCCCUCUGAUUGAACCAACUCCAUCCUGUAUCUAGAGUAGGACAACUUAAGAUACUGAUUCAUCUCGCCGAGAGGAAGUAGAGCUGUAAAGUGACUAUAAACCAAGCGCCUUUAACAACAAAGGGAUGUGUCAGCAGAACUUCCACAAACUUGAAAGUCAGAUCAAACAUGAAAGAUCCGUGCUUUCUAAUCAUCUUGGAUUAGGAAAGAUUUUUUUCUAAAGUUGCUGUAUUAAUUUCGCGCAAAUUGCGAAAGAACUUAACUUUAAGAAUUUCCAUGAAGUAUUCAAGAACUCGAAGGAACAAACGGCCAAGAUUCGUUCUGUAUAAGAUAUAUACGGACACAUACGUAUAUUAUGAGUGAUAAUAACAAUAUCAUGACUUGUUUCACAUUCCUUUAAUAAUGGACAUUACUUGUAAACAUAAAUUUAGUUUAGAUAAUAAUUAAAUCUUGGAAAACCUGA